AAAUGAAUUGGGUGUAUCAUCAGCGUCAGCGGUGGGUCAAAAACUGCACCGGAAACAGAAGCUAUGUCACAGUGAGUGAUGUAAGCUUAGCUUUACAGCGUAGGAAUCCGUUUCGAGUCGGUUUUCCCGCAGAUUUUCCGCCUUUACUGCUUCUCCAGAACCUUCGAGGGCUUGCUAGCGUGUCGCCGCUACAACUGAAGCGGUGCCAAGCGGUUUGGUUGAUUGUUUAAUUGCUCGGGAAUUCCGCUGCAUUUCUGUAUGCCUUUACACUUCGUCUAACUAAUUAGGCGAUAUUUUCUAUGAAUCCUUGUCUUCUUUGGCUGUAUAGCUUCAAUAUGGCGCAAGAUACUGUUCCUAGCAGUAUUGAUUCACCGAGGAGACGGUCAGGUCUAUUGAGAGACCAAAUUCAGUUGGUUAAGAAAAGGGAUAGUGAUCGUUAUGAAAUUGCCCCGAUCCCAGAUUCCUUGUCGUUUGAGAAGGGCUUUUUUGUUGUUGUUCGUGCAUGCCAGUUGUUGGCACAGAAGAAUGAAGGAAUGGUUUUAGUUGGGGUAGCAGGUCCCUCGGGAGCUGGAAAGACGGUUUUCACUGAAAAGAUCCUCAACUUCAUGCCAAGCGUUGCUAUUAUAAAUAUGGAUAACUACAACGAUGGAUCCCGCAUUGUUGAUGGCAACUUUGAUGAUCCGCGCUUGACUGACUACGAGACUCUGCUUGAGAACAUCCGUGGUCUCAAAGAAGGAAACCCUGUCCAGAUUCCGAUAUAUGAUUUUAAGACUAGCACUCGUGUGGGCUACAGGACUUUGGAAGUUCCUACUUCUCGGAUCGUUAUCAUUGAAGGAAUAUAUGCCUUGAGUGAUAAAAUACGGCCUUUGCUAGACCUCCGCGUUUCUGUCACUGGAGGAGUACACUUUGAUCUUGUUAAACGUGUUUUGAGAGACAUUCAACGUGCCGGACAGGAACCUGAAGAGAUAAUUCAUCAGAUAUCAGAAACCGUAUAUCCGAUGUACAAAGCUUUUAUAGAGCCGGAUCUACAAACAGCUCACAUAAAGAUCACCAACAAAUUUAAUCCGUUCUCUGGAUUUCAGAACCCCACAUAUAUACUAAAGUCGACAAGGUCAGUGACCGAGGAUCAAAUUAAGGCUGUACUUCCUGGCGAAUAUAGAGAAACUACAGAGGAAACUUAUGAUAUAUUUCUCCUCCCACCUGGUGAAGAUCCUGAGGCAUGCCAAUCGUAUCUGAGGAUGAGAAACCGUGAUGGCAAGUACAAUCUCAUGUUCGAGGAAUGGGUCACUGAUAGUCCCUUCAUUAUAUCACCUCGGAUUACUUUUGAAGUUAGUGUCCGUCUUCUUGGUGGGCUGAUGGCACUAGGAUACACAAUUGCAUCCAUUCUGAAGAGAAGCAGCCAUGUCUUCGCCACUGAUAAAGUUUGCAUUAAAACUGAUUGGUUGGAGCAACUAAAUCGCAAAUAUGUCCAGGUACAAGGAAGAGACCGUCUCUACGUAAAAUAUGUUGCUGAGGAGCUUGGCUUGGAGGGUUCUUACAUCCCUCGAACAUACAUAGAACAGAUUCAGUUGGAGAAACUCAUAAAUGAUGUCAUGGCACUUCCUGAUGAUUUGAAGACAAAGCUCAGCAUAGACGAUGAUGCGGGCUCAAGUCCUAAAGAAGCUCUAUCCCGAGCUUCUGCUGACAGGAGAAUGAAGUUCCUCAAUCGUGGGGGUUCACAGUCAUACUCGACACAGCGUGAUAAGAAUCUAAGCAAGCUGACAAAACUUGCUGUGAAUAAUCGGAGGUAUGAUGGGAGAGGCCCGGAUUCACCAGCUCCACUUGCUACUCAGGGCAUGGUUACGCAGCUGACUGAACAGAUAUCUACACUGAAUGAGCGAAUGGAUGAGUUCACAUCACGAAUCGACGAACUCAACUCAAAAAUAUCGGCCAGGAAAGUGUCUGCCAGCCAACAAAAUUUGGCAUUGCAGGCUGAAGCUUGCAACGCCACAGCGCCAAACUCUUUCUUCGUUUCUGGUAAUGGCCCUUUGUCUGGUUCGAUUCUGCCCAAUUCUUCCUCAUCUCCUCAACUGGCAAGAGAAUCGCCUUUCAUGGAAGAGGUACUGCUUAUAUCUCGCGGGCAGCGACAAAUGUUGCAUCAAAUAGACAACCUCAGCAGUCUCCUCCAUGAACACUUCGGGGAGAGGUCUCAGCAAGGACGGGUGAAUCAACGAGGUGGUGGAUCUUCGGAUUUUGGAUCCAUCGGCAUUCCGUUACUUGUUUCCUUGGCUGUUGGAGGUAUCGGUAUCUUUCUGCUCAAAUCGGUGUCGAAAUCUAAAUGAAGAAAGGACACCUUAGCUUACUGUUAUGUUUAUUACAAGGGGACUUUUUAGUACAUCUGCAUAAUAUAUUUCUGUUCUGUUCUGUUCUGUUCUGUUCUGUGUCCUGUGUGUUGUAAGAAGAUAUUUGCAGUGUAAUAAGUUGUAUGUAUUGUGUAUGUAUGUAUAACUCCGCUUAAGACCUAUGCUAUGUGUUCAUGUAUUUAUUCCCUGUCAUUUCUGUUAGUUAUUUUAUUUUAUUUUAUUUUUGGGUUUGUUA